CUGAAUAACAUGCUAUCCAUGUUUAAAAAUGGUUAGAAAUCUUAACUUCUCAAAUGUUUGAUUUCAGUGUUUCAGCUGACGCUAUGAAAGUCUGUUUAGAAGAUAAUGACACAUAUCAGAGUAUUCCAGUCUUUGCGUCAUACGCAAAAUAUGGCGUCAUCAUUAUUGCUUCUAUAGAGUUACUCAUAGAGGUGGUAGAAAUGAAGCAGAUGUUCUCGUGCAAAGUAUGGCUGUAUUUCUUAGAAGUGGAAAAUGUGAUUGAAUGGAUAACGUGUACUACUGCCAUUAUUUUUGUAGUGAACCUAAAUGGUUGCAGUGAUACAGGAUUCAGGCCUCAGUGGCAGUGGAGUUGCGGCACAGUAUCUGUCUUCCUUGCUUGGAUAAAUAUGUUAUUCAUUAUCCAAAAAUUCGAAUGGUUCGGGAUUUAUGUUGUUAUGCUGUUUCGAGUCGCGAAGGUGUUCAUGAAGUUCUUCUUAGUAUUCUUCCUUCUGAUCGUUGCGUUUGCUGUUUCUUUCCAUGGCCUUUUUCAAAAUCAGGAACAAUUCAGUACAGUUUGGAUCUCUGUGGUGAAGACAACAGCGAUGAUGAUUGGCGAAAUUGACUUUGGUACCAUUUUUUUUGACGAAGUAGUGCACUAUGAAUACAUCAGUUAUAUGUUCUUCUACAUCUUCUUGAUGUUUAUGACUAUUGUCCUCAUCAAUCUACUGGUCGGUUUAUCUGUGGAAAAUAUACAAGAAUUCCAGAAAGAAGCUGAUCUCACCAAGAAAGAAAUGCAAGUAAAGUUUGCCUUGGAGGUAGAAAGAAUAUCAACAUCUUCACUUAUUUUGAAAUGUCUGAAUUUCCUUCGAUGUAAACGGUCUGCAAACAGUCUAUCGCAGAAGGAGAAGUUUUGGCCAAAUAGACAAACCUGGCUGCAAAGGAAAUUGGCAGAAUCAUGGAAGUUAACUGAAAAAGAUAUAAAAAUGGCUUUAAUACCUGAGAAAGAUGGUACUUCAAAAGAAAUAGCUCGGUUGGAUACUAAAUUUAACACACUUGAAACAAAUCUGCUAAACAUGGACUCGAAGUUAGAGAAAAUUUUACAGUGCCUAAGAGAUGAUUGGAGCAGUGAUUACAAUUAACCGAGUUACGUUGAAUUCAGAUGAUGUUCUUAUUUUUCCUGACACUAUUAUGGAAUAUAUCACCUGACGUUAGAAUAUGAUUACACUUAAAAAUAUUGUUGCAAAAAUAUAUCAUGGACAACAUUUUAACACUCUUGUCUGUUACAUGAAGAUCAAAACGCUCCCAUCCAACACCACAUUACGUCGCCUUCUUCUCCGAAAACAAUUUCAAAAACAUUUUUGCUUCUCCUCUGAUCAAGACCUUUGAGCGUAUAUUUUCCCAUGCGGAAUUCUUGUUAUCAUUUUAGCCUGCAGUGUCUGUUGUGUAUAUGAGUGUUUAUAUUGAUGUCUCCACCACACAGUGGUGUGGGAGACAUAUUGAUUUACUCCAGUCUGUAUGUGUGUAUGUGUGUGUGGGGUGGAUGUGCGUUUGUGUGGGUGUGUGUCCCAAAGCUUGUCCGCACUUUAAGACAAAUAUUUCUCAUCCGAUCUUCCCCAAACGUGAACAAAAUGUGUUUGACCAUAAGACCUCAGCCAAGUUUGAUAACUAGCCAAAUCGGCUAAGAAACUUCGGUAUUAUGGCCCUUGAAAUAAUUAAUGUAUCACCUACACUCAUAAAAACGCUGAAGUCUUCAUUCUCAAACAUGCACCAAAAACCAUUCAUUUUGUCCGCACUCUAAGUCAAACAUUUCUUAUCCGAUCUUCCCUAAACUUAAAAACAAAAUGUGUUUGCUAAUAAGACCUUGGCCAAGUUUGAUAACUAGUCAAAUCGGUCCAGAGUCUUCGGAAUUAUGGUCAUUGUCGUUAAUUAAUUGAACAACUAGACUCAUAAAAGUGCUAAAGUCUUUAUUCUCAAACAUGCACCAAAAACAAUUCAUCUUGUCUGAACUCUAACUCAAACAAUUCUUAUUCUAUCUGCACCAAACUUGAACAAAAUGUGUUUGCAAUAAGACCUUCGAUAACAAGAUAAAUCGCCCCAGGGUCUUCGGAAAAAUGGCGCUUGAAAAUAAUUAAUUAAUAACCUAGACUCAUAACGUCUUCAUUCUCAAACGUGCACCAAAAAACUUUCAUCCUGUCUGCGCUCUAAGUCAAACAUUUCACAUGUGAUCUUCACCAAACUUGUCUCGGCCAAGUUCGAUAACUAGCCAAACUGACUCAGGCACUUAGUAAUUAUGGCCCUUGAAAUAUUAAAAAUCAGCAUUUUUGCAAUCUGAUUUUCACCAAACUUAAACAAAAUGCGUGUGACCAUAAGUUCUCUCCCAGGUUUGAUAACUAGUAUUGACACUUGAGAAUUAUGGCCCUUAAAUUACUGAAAUUCAGCCAUUUUACUCUUCAAAGGUACAUAUUUUGUGACUAAACAGUAUAUGAACACUGACUUAGUGUUUAGGUGAUAAGGCAGUUGUGGGAGACAUGCGCUUUUCUCAAAAACAGCUCUAGUAGGUUUUGAUUUGCUGUUCAUAAAUGUUAAUGUAGAACAUUUAUUUAUUCUCAAGUAUUACUUUUAUUUGAUAUCUACAUAUGGGCCUUGUAUCUGAGUUAUUCAUUUUAGUUCAAUUCAUUAGCUUUUAUUUUGAUAAGUUGGAUGUUUAUUUAAAUCAAUCAAAUCAUUGCAUAACUUUUAAAGAAAUUUAGGAAUCUGCUCAAUGUUUAAAAACGACAGUAGGUCAUGACAGUCGGUCAUAGGUUGUUUAUAUUUUAUAAUGAACGAAUAAAGUACUGAUAUUCAUCUUUUAUAUUUUUUUUUCUCUGUCAAUACUUUGGCCAAUGCAGUUAUUUUUCUUUUUACUAUUACGCUAUUUAGUUUUUGACUUGGCUAUCUAGCCCGUUUUGAAUAAAGAAAGUGUUUUGAGAAAAUGAUAAUAUUAUAUCGGAUGCUCAGAUUGGAUUUAAAAAAAAUGGUAUAUGGUUGCUCCUUUGCUUUGUACUGCUCAGCAUUAGUUAAGUAAAAAUAAAAGGUAUAUUGUGUAUACAUAUAUUUAGAUAUGAAAGAUAUUUUUAUAAGAUAAAAAUGUUUUUUAUGAAGUUAAGUUUAUAGUUACAAGGGAUAUGUAGAAAUAGGUUGUCAAGUGUAACGAAUUGAAAUUGUUCAAAAGGAAUGGAAUAUGCGUAGAAUUUGUAAAUUAUUAGAAGGCUAAUAAAGAUUUUGUUUUGCCAGAUUAUGUGAUAGCCUAGCAGCUAGUUGUCAUACUUGUAACUUACGAUAACAGGUAUAAUAUAUUAAUCUUCAAUGUCUACUGAAAAACAAUAUAUUCAAACAAUGGUACAUGUAAUUGUUUUGGUCAUUUCUCCGUUAUUUGGCUUUAACUUCUAUACAUAAUGUAAAAGUAGGGGGUAAGUAUAUUUCAUUUCCAUUCAAUGGUAGAGGCUUAAAAAUUUUGAUUUUUAUAUUUUUCCUUUCUGAAAGGGUAUUAUUUAUUUUGUCAUUCUUAUCCUGGAGGAAUUAAUCGGAAUAUGUGUAUCAAACUAUCAGUGUUUUCUUGUCAUCUAUUUGUCACUAUCAAAUGUUAUCUGCAGACAGUUUUCAAUAACUGAAUGGUUUCUACGCUUUUUAAGAUUGAGAAAUGAUCUGUAUGCUACACGAUCAUUUUCUACUUAGAAUUGUAAGGAUCUAGAUGUUAAACAAUAGAAAUAUGAAUUAAUUGUCAUCAGGUGUAAAAAUAAAACAACAAGAAAGUACAGUUGAA